AUGGCCGAUAGUAUCGCCGCCCCCGCCGCGGCCGAGUCCAUCUCCCUCCUCGACCUCGACCCGGAGCUCCUCCUCGAGGCGGUGCAGACUCUCCCACUUCGAGAGCAGGCGCGCUGCCGCCAGGUCUGCAAGCUUUUCUACCUGCUCGUGUCGGAGCUCGAGCGGACAACUCCCUUCAUGGCGACUUCGGUCGGCUCGUUUGACGUCGUGAUGCGCGAUCUGGGCCCAAAGAUGGCCGCGGCGCCCAGCCUUGGCCUCCUCUUCACCCACGCGGCCGCCCUCUCGCUCGGCCGCUUCCCAGCGGCGAGCUGCAAGAGCUUCGCCUUCGACGCGGCGGCGCCGGGCGGGUGGGAGGCGCAGCUCAAGGCGCAGGGCUGCUUCGAGGGAGGCUGGAAGGUCUUCCUCCUCAUCGCGCGAACCAACGAGGCGGACGAGCUGGUCGACGCGCUGCAGGCGGCGCACCCCGACGCCGCCAUCAUCGGCGGGAUGGCGACCGGCGACGUGCUCUACCGCCUGCGGCACGGCGCGGCCUCCGUCGUCGACGAGGGCGCGGUGGGGAUGAUGUUCAGUGGCAACGUGCCGCUCGCCGCCUUCGUGUCGCGCGGGGCGAGGGUGGUGGGCGAGGGCCCGUACACUUUCGGCGAGGCGGACCUGGACGUAGAUCCUGACGCACCGGAGGAGCAGCAGAUCCUGACGCACCUGACCGACCCGCGGGGCGAGCGGCAGGGCGCACUGACGACGGUGCUCGAGGUGGUCGCCCAGCGCGGCGCCAUCCGGCUCGCGCCCCGCCGAGGCGACGCCCCGGGGUGGGAGGGCGGCGCCGUCCAGUUUUACGCCUUCGACCCGCAGAGCUGCAAGCAGGACCUCGCCACCCGGCUGGCGGCGAUGAAGGCGGAGACGGAGCGCAAGGGAGAGAGGCUACUCGGCGCCGCCGCCUUCGACGCGACCACCUUCUCAAAGACGUUCCCCGCGACGCCGCUCAUCGGGAUGUAUGCGGGCGGGGAGAUCGGGCCGCCGCUGCUCGCAGACGCGCCCCCCUCGCGCGCCUUCCAAGUGGGCGGCGCGGGCAUGCACGGCUUCACCGCGGCGAUGGAUCGGCUCGGCAUCGCGUUCACGCCAGGCAUGGAGAAGGAGGAGAUCAUACAGGAAAUCGCCACCCGCCUGCCGGCAGGCGCCGAGGAGUGA